GUCUAUAAUGUGUAAUAGCACGCGUAGACGACAUGUUUAGAGCGUAACACGGAUUUUCUCGAUGUCUUGUCGACUUAGGUACUGAGCAUUCCCUGUGCGUGCCUCUCAAGCUUAUAUCUAUCUAUACUCACUUGCGUUUUACUUGCUUGAAGUCCCUUACCUGUUAGGUUGCAUACUUCCAGUGCCGAGUUAUUUGCAACGCACAACUGUGACCUCUUAUAUAUACUUUGAGACUUUGAGCAACUACUACUUCACAGUAGCCGGCGUUUAGUUACCCAUGACUAGAUACGAACAUUGCGGGGCAGCGAUUGCGUUGCCCACUGCGCCGGCAUGGUCAUUUGGCACAAGGCACCACCCAGGAGACCCCCCACCUGGCCCUGGAACGGGUAAGUAUCCUGGAGCUGCGGACACCUGGGCCGCCGGGACGGCGCCCUUUGGCAGGGCACCGCCCCCUCAGGAUCGACCUUCGCAAUUCUCCUCGGCGCCGUACACCGGGGGGCGCUACUUGCGGCCUGACUACCUGAGCCAGAACCCGAAGGGGCCUGCGUGGGGCUUUGGGCAGCGAACGGGCAAACCCGAGAACGGCAACCCGGGUGUGGGCUUCUACAGCCCGCGCACCGACACCUUCCAGUUCCCCAAGCAGCAGCAUGCGGUGUGGGGCCCGCCGCCGCGCCGCCCGCCCAGCGCCCCGACCCGCCCGCGCCCGCUUGCACCCAUCGACCGACACGCGCCCAAGCCCAAGCCCGUGAGCGCGCUGCCCGGCGCCACCUUCAAGGGGAAGUACCAGCCCGCGCCGCUCACCGACUCGCCCGGGCCCUGCUACUACCCCUGCUGCGGCGAGCACUGCUGCGACAUGUGCGAGAAGUACAAGGGCAUCUCAUUUGGAAUCAAGCACCACAUCCACGAGGAGCCCCCCGUGCCGCCGCCCGACUACUACCACAUGGGCUGCAGCACGCUGGGCGCAGCAGCCGCCGGGUGCAUCUCGCCCAGCCGCUCCCGCAGCCACACCCACCUGCAUGCCUCGUCGGGGCUGGACACCGCCAGCCGCUACGACCACACGCUGCCGCACUCGAACCACCUGAGGCGACCCACGCGGAGGGACUAUGAGCACUUCUCGGCGGGGCUGCGGCAGUGAGAGAGGGGGGGGAGAGCGUGUCCGGGGGCAUGGAUGUGGCGUAGGCUUUGACUGAUACCCCUGGCAGUAUGACGAUUUGGCACGUGUUCGGGACAUACAUCGGGAGCGAGAGGAAGUAGGCAGGUGCAUGCGUGUGUGUUUUUGUGUGUGUUUUAGCAUCAGCCAGCAGCAGAGCGCCUCGCAUGACGAGGUGUUUUGAGGCUGUGCGGGCAUCAGGUGAUUCCGCCCCGGCAAACGGAAGGGAAAGAAGGGGCAGCAGGAGGGGCGCAGGUGGGGAGGUCUUCACUUCAGCGACCUAGAUUUGGGCCGCUUGGUUUGUUGUACCGUAACGCCCCGGGUCAAAUGCAUUUGUCUGCGUAGUUAUGAUGUGUUAUCCGAUGAGUACUACAUGCGAGGUGGCGGGAGGUAAACUGUGUUUCGGGCUCUUCUUGACGGCUGUCUUUCUUGUAGCUCUGAAGAGCUUGCAGUACUGCUUAGGACAGCUCGUGUCUGCUGCCGUAUGGCACCUAGCGCCCUUCGCGCAACCCCACGCGGCCCGACAUUGCUCGGCGCCUCCUCCGAUCUUGGCAACAACUCCCUCCUUUCCCUCACAAGGGCUGCUGCCGUUAUAGUUCCUGACUGCGUAUGUCGUACACAUGAUCUCGUUACAACGGGCGGUCGCUCGCGCCUGCAUGUCGGUUAGCGUGAGCGUUGUCUGUUUGCGUGGACGUUUUUGCCGUGUUGCUGGUAACGCAUGGAGGCCGCACUUACUUGUCGGGUUCUGGCUGGGUGGGAAGCAGGGUAGGUAGCGUUUGAAUACAACCUGACACAACGGCAUGUAUGAUGAGUGCAAGAGAACUGAUGCAAUGAAUGGCCAACCGUGAUUACCUAUUUGCGUCGCUCUGUGAGGCACGCUGGACGGAUGGUGGCGGGGGGGGAGCAG